AUGUCAAGCAACGAGGAGUUGGUUCAAGUUAAAAUUGUAUUAUUUGGAGAUGAAGAGCAUUUAUCAUUGGAUAUAAAUAAUACAUGUACAGUAUAUCAAUUAAAAGAGAUAAUUAACAAACAACAUGAUAAGAAACCAUUGAUAUCAGACCAAAAGCUUAUAUUCGCAGGUAAAAUGUUAGAAGAUGAACAAGUGUUGGAUCAAGUAUUUAAACAAAGACCAACCUCUUCAUCUGUUCAUACAAUUCAUUUAAUUUUAAAAAAGAAAAUAAUUUCACCAUCACCUCCAAAUUCUUUAACUGUAAAUUCAAAUUCAAAUACUUCACCAUCAUUAUCACCAAAUUCAACAAGUGCUACAAUAAAUAAUAGUGAUAGUAAUAAUAAUGGUAACAGCAAUAGCAAUAAUGGUUUAUAUUCAAAUGCAUUCAAUAUACCAAAUCCAUUUAAUGAUAAUUUUCCAACAACAACUACUAAUACUAAUACUACUGCUACUUCUUCAACUUCACCAUCAUUAUCACCAAAUAAUAAUAAUAAUAAUAAUAAUAAUAAUACAACUACAACUACUACAACUACUACUACUACAACAGCUUCACCUUCAUCAUCUUCAUCAUCAUCUACAUCAUCACCAGUAUUAUCAUCACCAUUACAAACUACAACAAUAGCAGAAUCAUUUGCAAAUGAAAACAAUACAAUUAAUGAUAGCGAUAAAGAUUCAAAUGAUGUGAAUCAAAAAGAUUUAAGCGAAUUAAGAGAACACUUUUCACAAUCUCAUAAAUAUUUAGAACAAGAAUUCACCAAAUUACAACGUUACUCAUCAAAGAAAAAAGAAAAUUCAAAAUUAAUUUUAAAUGAUUUAAAUAUUGAUAUUGAAAGUUUAGAUCAAAAUACAUUAAAUAGAUUAUUAAGUUUAAUAAAUAAUAACUCUUUUAUAAACUCACCAGAAUCAUUUUAUUAUUUCCCAUCAUCAGAUGGGGAUUCAGCAUCAUCAUCAUCGAAAAAUACAUCAAAAGAAAAAUUAAGUAAAACUGACCAAUGUCUUAGAAUAAAUCAACAAUUAUAUUUACAACAACAAUUAAAUCGUCAAGAACUUAUAAAUUUAAGACCACAACCAAUGAACCAUCAUCGUCAUGGUAGUUUACAACACAGAGCACAUUUACAAGCUGAAUUUCAAGCUCUUCAACAAAUAAGACAAAGAUUAGAUCAACAGCAGCAACAACAACAGCCAAGACAACAACCAACAGCAGCAGCACCUGCUCAACCUCAAGCAGCACCAGCUGUGGCAGCACCAGCAGCAGCACAACCAAGAGUCAGAGUAUUUAGAAUUAAUCUUAGAAAUAUUGUAAAGUUUAUCUUUUUAGCAUUGUUUUUACAAGGUGGUUCAAUGGAAAGAAUGAUAACUGUUGGCGUUUGCAUUGCACUUUAUUAUAUCUAUAAUAUAUUUUUUGCACCUUUACCAAGACCAAACAAUAAUAACAACAACAAUAAUAAUAAUAAUAAUAAUAAUAACAAUCAACACCCACAACCACAACCAAAUAAUAAUAAUAAUAAUAAUAAUAAUAAUAAUAAUAAUAAUAAUAAUAAUAAUAAUAAUAAUAAUAAUAAUAAUAAUAAUAAUAUAAAUAAUAAUGACAAUGAUAAUAUAAAUAAUAAUAUAAACAAUGAAAAUAAUAAUAAUCAAAACCAACAACCAAGAGCAGAACCUCAACAAAGACCACAAGACUUUUUAUCAGAAAUUGUACUAUUUUUUUCGACAAUGUUAACCUCUCUCCUUCCUACAUAUAGACCAAAUGAUCAACAAAAUAAUAAUAAUAAUAAUAAUAAUAAUAAUAAUAAUAAUAAUAAUAAUAAUAAUAAUAAUAAUAAUAAUAAUAAUAAUAAUGACAAUAAUGACAAUAACAAUAACAAUAACAAUAACAAUAACAAUAACAAUAACAAUGACAAUAAUGAGCAACCUAAUAAUAAUAUUAAUAAUAAUAAUGGUAAUAACAAUAUUAAUAAUAAUGAUGAUAAUAAUAAUAUUAAUAAUAUUAUUCCUAAUGAAGUUCAAAAUUAA